GAGCAAGGUUUCCAUACGUACCAUGGCUGCCCGGCUCGUCGUCCUCCUUCUAGCGCUCGUCCACGCCGGCGUGUCCGCCGAAGACGUCAUCCGGCAGGUGACGGACGGCGGCCACGGCGCUGGACGCCCCGGUCUGCUCCCGGAGGCGCAGUUCGCGGCGUUCGUGCGGCGACACGGCAAGCAGUACUCGGGCCCCGAGGAGUACGCGCGCCGGCUGCGCGUGUUCGCGGCCAACGUGGCCCGCGCAGCCGCCCACCAGGCGCUCGACCCGGGCGCGCGCCACGGCGUCACGCCCUUCUCCGACCUCACCCGGGAGGAGUUCGAGGCGCGCCUCACCGGCCUCGCCGGCGCCGGCGACGUCCUGCGCAGCGUGCGGAGGAUGCCCGCCGCGGCGCCGGCCACGGAGGAGGAGGUCGCCGCGCUGCCCGCCAGCUUCGACUGGCGCGACAAGGGCGCCGUCACCGAUGUGAAGAUGCAGGGCGUGUGCGGCUCGUGCUGGGCGUUCAGCACAACCGGCGUCGUGGAGGGCGCCAACUUCGUCGCCACGGGGAAGCUCCUCAACCUCAGCGAGCAGCAGCUGGUCGACUGCGACCACACGUGCGACGCGGUGGCGAAGACCGAGUGCAACAGCGGCUGCUCCGGCGGACUGAUGACGAACGCUUACAAGUACCUGAUGAGCUCCGGCGGGCUGAUGGAGCAGGCGGCGUACCCCUACACGGGAGCGCAGGGGACGUGCCGGUUCGACAGGAGCAAGGUGGCAGUCCGCGUGGCCAACUUCACCGCCGUGCCGCUCGACGAGGACCAGAUGCGGGCGGCGCUCGUCCGCGGCGGGCCCCUGGCGGUGGGCCUGAACGCGGCGUUCAUGCAGACGUACGUCGGCGGCGUGUCCUGCCCGCUCAUCUGCCCGCGGGCGCUGGUGAACCACGGCGUGCUCCUCGUCGGCUACGGCGCGCGCGGCUUCUCGGCGCUGCGGCUCGGGUACCGGCCCUACUGGCUCAUCAAGAACUCGUGGGGGCAGCAGUGGGGGGAGGGCGGGUACUACAAGCUCUGCCGCGGCCGCAACGUCUGCGGCGUCGACAGCAUGGUCUCCGCCGUCGCCGUCGCCCCGUGAUCGGCAAACGACGACGACGACCGGCGUAGUACGUGUUCAUGUAGUUGUUCGUUAGCCUAACGGUAUAUUAGUAGGGCUUAAUCAGUGGACACUGCACUCAAUAAUGCCACUUCAAAGUUCAAACAUACUAGAAGCGCUUGUAUACGUUCUCUCUUGGAUGCCGUGGAGGUCUCAAGUCUCAACCCUGAUGGCUUUACCGGCUUAUUGGCCAUUUGUGGCCGCUGAGAUCUACCGUCAAGACAGUGAAUGUCCAAAUUCAAGAUCUUGCAUGUCCAAAUUACAAGAAGAUAACAAAUUUUAAGUCCA